GAAUCUGUCAGGCAGAGGUGGGGGAAGCGGAGGACUGGCCGGGAAACUCAAAGCAGGUUUUGGAACCACGGCAUCUGAAAAUGAACCAUCUUUUCAUUGGGCUCCAAAGCGCGUCUGGAGGUGCCCAGCGGCUCCUGUCCCCAAGCUAAGAGCGCGGAGGGUGUGCCUCGUGCAGAGCUCCCGAGGUGCCAGUCGCUGCGAAUCACGGCCCCGCCCGGGCCUCAGUUUCCCCGGCAGUGGAGCAGCGGCGAGGGCAAGCCGAGGCAGCCGCCGGCCUCGCCGCCCCGCCCGGUUUCCGAGGAACUCGGCCGGCCCGCAGUAGAGGCGCCCUUCCCGCCGCCGAAGGAUUCCUCCGAAGCCUGCGGUCAGGCCGCCGCUUCCUGGGAAGCCCAAGACUAGACCAAGGACGCCGACGGGCCGGGAGGGGUGCGGGGGCGGGACCCCGGGACCCUGGGGGCAGGGCGACGGCGGGAGCAGUGCGGAGGGGCGGGAGGCCCGGACCUUCAGGCCGGACCCCAGGCUCGGUGGAGAGGUCUAGCUCGAGGGGAGUAGAAGACAGAGACCUGGCGGGGGCGAGGGGUGCGUCAGGACCCGUGCAGAGCAUCCUAAGGGCUUGGAUGCAGAAACCCGCGAUCGAGCGUCCUGGGGGCAAAAGCAGGGACUUCAGGUCCCAAGGGGGCGUCCGAGAAGGGGCCAGCGGGUUCAGGGGCGGGGCCGGAGACCUUGAUGGACGGGUCCUAGGGCUGUGCAGCCUGGGUCAGCGUAGGGGGCCUCCGCGGAGCGGGUCCCCGGAGGUUUGGAAAAGCUCUAGCUGGCGGGGGCCCGCCGCGCGCCAGCGCCACCCUUGAAAAAGAAACCGAAAGUGGCGGGGAGGGCGGGUCCUGAGGGGGGGGCGGAGCCCGCGGGGCGGGGCCUGUCGCCGGGCCCGCCCCCACGCCGGUUUAAAAGACUGGCGCAGGGGCGGGCGCGGGCAGAGCGAGCUGCGGCCGUGGCUGCUGCACGGCUCCCGGCCCCGGAGCAUGCGCGAGAGCCGCCCCGGAGCCCCCCGCCGCCCCGCCCGCGGCCCCGCGCCCCGCCGCCAGCGCAUCCCCGGACGCUAUGGCCCACCCCUCCGGCCGGCCCCGCGUGUAGGAUGGUAGCACACAACCAGGUGGCAGCCGACAAUGCAAUCUCCACGGCAGCAGAGCCUCGACGGCGGCCAGAGCCUUCCUCCUCCUCCUCCUCCUCCUCUUCCUCCGCCUCCUCCUCCGCGGCGCCCGCGGCCCCGGCGCGCCUGCGGCCCUGCCCGGCGGUCCCGGCCCCGGCCCCGGGCGAGACGCACUUCCGCACGUUCCGCUCGCACGCCGAGUACCGGCGCAUCACCCGCGCCAGCGCGCUCCUCGACGCCUGCGGCUUCUACUGGGGGCCCCUGAGCGUGCACGGGGCGCACGAGCGGCUGCGCGCCGAGCCGGUGGGCACCUUCCUGGUGCGCGACAGCCGCCAGCGGAACUGCUUCUUCGCCCUGAGCGUGAAGAUGGCCUCGGGCCCCACGAGCAUCCGCGUGCACUUCCAGGCCGGCCGCUUCCACCUGGACGGCAGCCGCGAGACGUUCGACUGCCUCUUCGAGCUGCUCGAACACUACGUGGCGGCGCCGCGCCGCAUGCUGGGGGCCCCGCUGCGCCAGCGCCGCGUGCGGCCGCUGCAGGAGCUGUGUCGCCAGCGCAUCGUGGCCACCGUGGGCCGCGAGAACCUGGCGCGCAUCCCCCUCAACCCCGUUCUCCGCGACUACUUGAGCUCCUUCCCCUUCCAGAUCUGAGCGGCCGCGCACGCAGCAUUAACUGGGGCGCCUCCUUAUUAUUUCCCAUUAUUAAUUAUUAUUUCCCUAGAAUAAUAACGUUGGGGCUGGGGGUGCCUUCCACGCCUGGGUUGGAGGGAGCGGGCGCGGGGGGGCGAUGCGCCUCCCCCUGGCUGCCGGGGGUCCAGGCCGCAGACCCCUCCCCAGCUCUUGGGGCGGGCGCGCCCCCUCCAGGUGCUCCCUCUGGGUCCCCCUGGUUGUUGUAGCAGCUUCGACCUGAAGUCGAACCUCCUACCUCUUCAUGUUUACAUAUAUCCACUUAUCUUUGCACAGACCAGGGGUUGGGGGAGGGCCUCUGGCGUUAUUUUUCUGCUGUGCAGAAACCUAUUUUAUAUUUUUUACAACUAAUUUAGGGAAUAAACUUUAUUAUGAAAGUUUUUUUUU